AUGGAGACAUCCUCUUCUCCACUGAGGCUGCGCCAAACUCGAGAAGCAGAAGAAUCCAUUGAAUGCUGGGAUGACGACGAAGAUCUGCAAUGUAACGAUGACAUCCAGUUUCGUACCGUUUCAGCCGGCACCUCUGUGGCAGGGUCAUCUUCCUUCCGGCAAUCCGGCCAUCGUGACUCCUUCUCCUCUCGCCGUUCCUGCAGGUCGGAUCUGGACUCCAAUGGAGGCGAUGAGGAGAACUGGCAGCUCCUGUUGCAUGACAAUGACGAGGGUGCGAUGAAGGAUGCUAUCGCGUCAGCGAAGAGCGCUGGAAUUCCACUUCCUGCCAAUGUUCCCCGUUCGGCUUUGCUUGGCGGGACAAUCAAACGACUUGGGGGCAGGAAGAUUAAAAGGGUUAUUGGAGAUGAUUGGUCAGAAGACCUUGAUUUUCCCGGCACGGAAGGGGAUCUUGAGCUGAAGCUGAAUCGCAAAGAAGCAUUUCCAGAUUCGCUACUACUUCUUGGCUCAUUUCCUGAGUCUAGCCCCUCUAAAUUCCCAGAUCCGGAUCCAUUUAUUUCUGAUACCGCAAGUCCUUACCCGCAACGAAUAUCGUCAUCCAACGUUACCAACUUGGAACAAUUUCGUGGUACGAAUGAUGACAGUUCCUUCCAUGAUGUUCCCACUAUCAAAAUCGCGAAAUCACGGUCGCAGCAGAUUGUUCUCGCCAAAUUUGCAAAGAAACCAAGUGAAGAGGAUGACAAUUUUGAGGCUGAUCUGGAGUUUCCCACUAAUUGCGAAACUCUGAAACUGUCAGUAAGAAAGGAUAGGGUCAAAUCCCCAGAACCCUCGCUUGAUGACUUCGAUACUGAAUGGGCGGAGGGAAGUAUUGGAGUGCGUUUUGGUGGGACGAAAAGGGAAGGAUUUUCUAAUCGUAGUUCCACCGUCUCAGCAAUGAGCCCAAGCCCUUCUAGUUGCCUGACAGUUGGAAGCGAUGACGGCCUUGAUGGCUUACUUUUACCGGAUGGGCCGCUAGACCUUGACCAGGCUAUCAAGAAAAGACAGCAAUCUCAGUUGUCACAUUCACCUCCAACUUCUGUACCAAAGCAGCAGAGUCCAAAUCUGGCGCCUCCGCCAAACGAUGACUUCUUUUCAGGAAUCGAAAUUGGGGACGGUGAGGUUUUUGACUCGGGCAAACUGACCUUAAACCGCAAUAUUAUAUGCAAAACUACCAGGCCAAUAAGCCCCGCAAGACGCACCGCGACCAGCAUAACUUUCACAAAUAAGCCCCCAGCACCCUCGACUACUCGUAUUCCUAGAUUAUCUUGCCAUGAGCGUCCUCAUUCUACACAGCUUGAGCCCGUCUCAGAGAGCGGCGCGCCACUUCCCAAAUAUCGAAGGCCUCACUCACGUUUGAGUGGUCACAGCGCUCAUUCGUCUCUCUCGAAUAUCUCCAGUCCAUCAACCAUAUCUCCACCUUCAAUGACUCCGAAGACUCCAAGUCGUAGAUCUCCUGGAAAUAGGAAGUCGGUUGAUGAUACUAUACGAGGUGUACCGACGACUACCACUUCACAGCUGCUGAAGGCGAAACGAUCCGUGCCAGCGUUACGCAACGUCCAUCAAACCGGAAUAGCACCUCCGAUUCCACGGACCCCAUCCCGCCAAGAUGGGGCCAUUAGACCCCUGACCUCAUCUCGCCCGAAAACACCAACCGCUGAACCUCGAUUUCCCGCCGGUCGUCGACCCCCCAUCCCCUUCCUCCCACCCGGAGCCUCACAAAAUCAGUCUCACCAUGUAAACGUUAAAACCCCACGUCACUACCGACGUACUGACUCCGACAGCUCGAGCGACCCCUUCUCACACCCCCGCGCUACAUCCCGCCUCUCAAAUUCAAACCAAGACCGCCCCGAGGCCCCUGGCCGCAACACAUUCCACUUCAACCUCGCCCCCGCCGACACCCUCCCCGCAACCGUAAAGCAAACAAUCACAAAACCCAACCGCCGCCGAAACUUCGGCGACGGCUCCGAGCUGGACAUCUUCGAUGACCUCCCCACCUCCGCCUCCCACGAGAGCAAAUUCGUCAAACACCCCAUCCGCUACGGCGCGCCGCGCUCAGUGCGCUCCAGACUCAGCCAGUCAAACAUCGUGCCCCCGCUUAUGCCUAUGGUGCAGAAUAACAAUCCUGUCCCCAGGCCUCACACGAGUCCUUCCAAGCAGGAGUUUAUGCCUAGGUUUGCGCGUGAUACGAAUGCGUCGAGGAAUGCGCGGGAGCAGAGGAUUGCGUCGUUGGGGUUUGCUGCGGCGCAGAGUCGGGACGUUACGACAUUAGGUCUGUUUAGUACGAAUUUGAAGUCUCCAGCGGCGGCGGCGGGAUCGGUAACGGCGACCACGGCUACGACAGCUAUGCGACAGCCACCAUCGUUUGGAGUAGUUAGGAAUAGGCGGAUGAGGGGGUCUGGGGAUAUCAAGCCGCAUCUUAUAAAGCCGUUGGGUACGGGGGUGCAGGAGGCGAAAUCUGUCAAGGGCAUGCGCUACAACCCGACAACCUACAAAUGGGAAGGCAACGAAAAUGCAACUCUAGACUUCGAACCCUCCCCCUUCCCCUCCCCCACCCGUAGUCACACCCACGCUCACAAACAAAACCACAAAACAAAACCCAAAUCCCCCAAACCCUCCCCCGCCCUAAUCACAAACAUAAACUCCACUGGCGUCCAAGUCGUCGGCGGCAUGGCCUUUGACCCCCACCGCAUGUGCUGGCUAAAAGUCAACGCCUCUGCCACCCAAUCCUGCAAGGGCAACCUCACCCUUGCGCCUGACGAGGAAGAAUUGCUUCACGGCCUGGAUGAUUUGGAGGAUAAACUUAAAACUAAAUCCAAACCGAGUAAUACUGCCGCGGGUGCUCAGGAGGCGCUGCUGGGUGCAAUUGGAAUUGGGAGUGUAGGGGUAGAGGAUAAGAGCGGCGGGAGUGGCGGGGAGUCUUCAGAUGAGUGGCCGAUUACGGAGGAGUUUGAUGUAGGGCCUGAGUUUAUUAGGAGGCAGAGGGCGGAGGAGGAGAAAUGGAGGCGGAAGGUUGGGAAGUGGGUUUGUGCCGAGAGGGCGGGGGUGGGUGAGGGGUGGAGAUGGGCGAUUCGCGAUUUGGUGAGGGCUGAGACUGCGGUUGGUGGUGGUGGUGGGCAGCAGCAACAACAUCAGGUUGGGAGUGGGUGA